AUGCCAACAAUACCAGUGGAUAAGGAAGAUCUUUUCCAAUUGUUGGGUAGAUCAUAUACCACUGAAGAAUUUGAUGAAUUGUGUUUCCAAUUUGGAAUUGAAUUGGAUGAAGAUACUACUGAAGAAUGUCAAGGUGAUGAAAGACCACAAUUAAAAAUUGAAGUUCCUGCAAAUAGAUAUGAUAUGUUAUGUAUUGAAGGUAUAGCGCAAGCAUUAAAUGAGUUUUUAGGAAAUUCAGAAACUCCAAAUUAUACAUUAAAUCCAUCAAAUCCAGAAAUUUCAUUAACCAUUAAAGAAUCAACUUUCCCAAUAAGACAAUACGCAGCUUCAGCAAUAUUAAGAGGAAUUAAAUUUGAUCAAAGAUCGUAUGAUUCAUUUAUUGCAUUACAAGAUAAAUUACAUACAAACUUAUGUCGUAAUAGAACUUUAGUUGCAAUUGGAACUCAUGAUUUAGAUACUUUAACACCACCUUUCACAUAUGAAGCUUUACCACCAAAAGAUAUUGUUUUCAAACCAUUAAAUCAAACAAAAGAGAUGAAUGGAGAAGAAUUAAUGGAAUUUUAUGAAAAAGAUAAAAAUUUAGGUAAGUAUUUACAUAUUAUAAAAGAUUCUCCAGUUUAUCCAGUUAUGUUGGAUGCAAAUAGAACAGUUGCAUCAUUACCACCAAUUAUUAAUUCAGAUCAUUCAAAAAUCACUUUAAAUACUAAAAAUGUUUGGAUUGAUGUUACAGGUACUGAUAGAACUAAAACUGAAAUUGUUAUUAAUCAAUUAGUUGCCAUGUUUUCAAAAUAUAGUAAAGUACCAUUUGAAAUAGAACCUUUAAAAAUCAUAUCCGAACAUAAUAAUCAAUCACGUAUUACACCAAAUAUAAAACCAAGAGAAGCUAAAGCAGAAAUUUCAUAUAUUAAUUCAUGUUUAGGAUUAAAUUAUUCAGGUGAAGAAAUUUCAAAAUUAUUAAAAAAAAUGUCACUUGAUGCAAAACCAUCAACAACAGAAAAUGAUUUAUUAAAUGUUAAUAUUCCAAUAACAAGAUCAGAUAUUUUACAUCAAUGUGAUAUUAUGGAAGAUGCAGCAAUUGGAUAUGGUUAUGAUAAUUUAAAAAAGACAAAACCAAAUAGUGAAAGUUUAGUAGCUUCAGCUUUACCAAUAAAUAAGGUAUCUGAUAUAUUAAGAUUAGCAAGUUCUCAAGCUGGAUAUCUGGAAGUUAUGCCAUUAACAUUGUGUUCUCAUGAUGAAAAUUAUAAAUGGUUAAGAUUAAAAGAUGAUUCAAAAGCUGUUAAAUUAGAAAAUCCAAAAACUAUAGAAUAUCAAGUUGUUAGAACUACUUUAUUACCUGGUAUAUUAAAAACAAUAAAAGAAAAUAGAAAACAUUCUUUACCAAUAAAAGUUUUUGAAUGUGGUGAUAUAGUUUUAAAAGAUGAUUCAUUAGAAAGACGUGCUUUUAAUCAAAAAAAUUGGGCUGCAAUAUAUGCAGGUAAAACUUCAGGGUUUGAAUAUAUUCAAGGACUUUUAGGUAAAAUUAUGCAAACUAUGAGAACUCCAUGGUUAGAAAAUCCAAAAGAUGAUAAAAGAAGAGGUUAUUGGAUUGAAGAAGAUAAAUCAAAAACAACAUUUUUUGAAGGUAGAGGUGCAAAAAUAUUAUUUAGAUCAAAAGAUAAUAAUGAAGCUAAAGAAAUUGGUAGUAUUGGUGUUUUACAUCCAGAAGUUAUGAAUUUUUUUGAUAUACCAUAUGCUGCUUCGUCAGUUGAAUUAAAUGCUGAAGUAUUCUUGUAA